CACACACACAAACAAACACACACACAUUCCAGCAGGAGGAGUCCGUGACGUGCCGCCCGUUUGUGAAUGAGCAGCAGCGCAGCACUCCGCUCAGAGCAGAGUCUCAGCCAAGCCCAGGAGCGCAGAGAGAGCGAGAGGAAAAGUUUGCCAAAUGGAUUUCUUUGGAGGAGUCAGACCUUUAUUAUUUUCUUAUGUACUCAUUAACGGUAUACUCAUCACACUGCAGACCAAAGAGGAGGUUCUUUUGGAUAUGAGGGCAACAGGAGGUGAACUGGGCUGGUUGACAUGGCCCGUAGAUCAGGGAGACAAGCCUGGGUGGGAGGUCGUCCAGAGGACUCUGAACGGCUCCCAGCUCUACACCUACUCCAUCUGCAAUGUUGGUGAACGUGAGCAGGACAAUUGGCUGCGCACCACCUUCAUCCAGAGGCGUCCAUCGGCUUCACGGGUUUUUGUUGAAAUCCAGUUUAUUGUGCGUGACUGCAACUCUUUCGAUGGUGCCUCACUGACCUGCAAAGAAACUUUCAACCUCUUCACAUCUGAGUCGGACGCAGACGUGGGCACUACCUUCCGCAAGGGCCAGUUUAAGAAAGUGGCCACCAUAGCUCCCGAUGAGAUCACCAGCAAAAACGAACUACGCAUCAACACAGAGACGCGAGUAGUGGAAAACCUGUCCCGAAAAGGCUUCUACUUGGCUUUUCAAGACAUUGGCGCCUGCGCUGCUCUCCUCUCUGUCAGGGUCUACUACAAAACUUGUGCAGCCACAGUGAAGAGUCUUGCAACAUUCCCUGAGACCGUGGCAGGAGGUGAAAACCAGGCUCUUAGGGAGGUGAACGGGGUCUGUGUGGAUAACGCAGUCAGUGAGGCGCUGCCUCGUAUCUACUGCACUGUCGAUGGGGAGUGGGUGGUGCCAGUUGGACAGUGUCAGUGCAGACAAGGCUAUGAAGAGGUCAAGGAUUCAUGUCAAGAAUGUCGGCCUGGCUUCUUCAAAGCUGAUGCUCUCAGUGUCAAGUGUGAGCCUUGUCCUGCCAACACACAGAGGCUCGACUCCGGGGCUUUGUUAUGUCCCUGCAAGGAUGGAUUCUACAGAGCCCCAUCUGAUCCCCCAACUGGACCCUGCUCAGGUCUUCCCUCUGCCCCGCGGGACCUCAUGGCCACCACCACCCAGCUCUCAGCAGGAAAACUCCUCCUCUCUUGGACUCCACCAGAAGACACCGGUGGGCGAACUGACAUCACCUACAGCGUCGAAUGCCAACGCUGCGAGGGCAUAGUGUGCCAGCCCUGCGGAGAGAAAAUCCGCUAUGAGCCCACCAGCGUGGGCCUGACUGACACCAAGGUUUCAGUGAGCGAACUGGAUGCUCACCUCAACUACACCUUCACCGUGGAGGCGCACAGUGGCGUGACGCUGUCCGCUAGUCAGGAGACUCCACAGGCUAAUAGACCACCAUCCACCAGCGCUCUGACUACGUUUCUGCACUACACAGAUCCUCCCAAGUUAACCACUAUGAGACUGGUUGACAGGACUUCCACCAGCUUGUCCCUCUCCUGGGACGUUUCACCCCGACCACGGGUCCACCCUCAGCCCAUCCGCUAUGAACUGACCUAUCGCAAGAAGGGUGACAACCUGGAUGUGACUACCUACGUCGUGCACAUGCUGGAGAAGAACUCUGUACAGAUCAGCGAACUGGCCCCCGGCACAGCGUACCUGUUCAGGGUGCAGGCCCUCAGCAGCGACGGCAGCCCUGGAGGCUCCAGCAUCGAGGAACAGUUUGAAACUUCCUCUGAAGGACACUCUAACCCGAACACAGCAGUCAUUUUGGCUGCAGCAGUUGGAGGAGCGGCCAUGUUGUCCGUAGUGGUGGUGGUCCUGUUCCUACGCAGACGGAAAAGAAACUCUCACACCAGACAAGGACCAGAGGACACGUACUUCUCCAGCUCAGAGCAAUUGAAGCCUCUGAAGACCUACGUGGAUCCACACACAUACGAGGACCCCAACAUAGCCGUGCUGAAGUUUGCUACUGAAAUCCAACCCAGCCACAUAACCAAACAGAAAGUCAUUGGAGCUGGGGAGUUUGGAGAGGUGUACCGUGGUAUUCUGAAGGUGCCGGGUAGGAAAGAGGUGGCGGUAGCUAUCAAGACACUUAAGCCGGGUUACACGGAGAAGCAGAGGCAGGACUUUCUGAGCGAGGCCUCCAUCAUGGGCCAGUUUUCCCACCAGAACAUCAUUCGAUUGGAGGGGGUGGUCACCAAAUGUAAGGAUUUCUUUAAGCAUGCCAUGAUCGUGACUGAAUACAUGGAGAAUGGAGCACUGGACAGGUACCUGAGGGACCACGAUGGAGAGUUUUCUUCCUUCCAGCUUGUGGGCAUGCUGCGUGGCAUUGCUGCAGGCAUGAAGUACCUCUCUGACAUGAGCUACGUCCACCGGGACCUUGCUGCCCGCAAUAUCCUAGUCAACAACACCCUGGAGUGUAAAGUGUCAGACUUUGGCCUGUCCCGUGUGCUGGAAGACGACCCUGAGGGGACGUACACCACAAGUGGAGGCAAGAUCCCCAUUCGGUGGACAGCUCCAGAGGCAAUAGCGUACAGGAAGUUCACCUCAGCUAGUGAUGUGUGGAGCUUUGGCAUCGUCAUGUGGGAGGUCAUGGCUUUUGGCGAAAGGCCUUACUGGGACAUGAGUAACCAUGAGGUCAUGAAAGCUAUCAACGAGGCCUUUAGGCUGCCGGCGCCUAUGGACUGCCCCUCAGCCGUUUACCAGCUGAUGCUGCAGUGUUGGCUGCAGGAUCGCUCCAAGAGGCCACGUUUCGGAGACAUUGUCAGCCUGCUGGACAAGCUGCUGCGGAGCCCAGACUCCCUAAAGACCAUCGCAGACUUUGACCCACGUGUAUCCAUCCGCCUGCCCAGCACCAGCGGUUCGGACGGCUCCCCCUUCAGGUCGGUGUCUGAAUGGCUGGAGUCCAUCAAGAUGAGCCAGUACAGUGAAAACUUCACGUGCGCUGGGAUCGUCACCAUGGACCAGGUCCUCCAGAUGAAGAACGAGGAUAUUAAGAACAUUGGGGUGAGGCUCCCUGGCCAUUUGAAGAGAAUUGCCUACAGCAUAUUGGGUUUAAAGGACCAGACGAGCACCCUGAGCGUGUUUGCAGUGUGAUCGUGACGACGAAGGGAAUUAAAAUCGGGCACUGAAGCAGGCAGCCCUUUGAACUCUAAGCUGAGCUGGAGCGACUCUGCAGGGACGGCGCUGGAUCGGCCAAACCAAGAGGAAUAUCAGGCCAUCCUCUGGGGCCGACUGAAUCAGACUGAUUUUAUGAUUUCUUCAUCUUGUCCACAUGGGAAUGGAGCAAAUUACACAACAGCAGUAGAUGACUCGAUUCAACUCUGUAUAUUUAGAUAUCUAUUUUUAUUAUCCAUCUCUUCUGUACAGAUACAAUUCAUUGCAAAUGCAUCUAUUUUUUUUCAAUCAUCAAUCCAAUUGUGGGAACCGCCACAGCUACAGGACUAGACCCUGAGCUUGUUCCCUCCAGUGUCUAACAAACAAGGGAAGCGAAGUAAGUGUGAUAGUAGUGGUGCAGUGGAAUCCAGUCCCGGCUCAGUCUGUGGUUAGUGCUGAUGUCAUGGCGUCUCCCUUUAAUUGGCACUUUUUGGUUCCUUUCCCAUUGGACCAAUGAGGACAGAGCGCCAGGAGGACUGAGAUGAGCUUGAGUUGGCCCACAUUUAAAGAGACAGUGUCGUUAGGUGUGUGAACACAGACCGACCUGGUGUUGUUUCUGGACCUUCUACUGGCUCUGUGCAGAAAUUAAGCUAUAAUCAAGCUAGAAUCAUAUAAGUGAUGUUAGAAUAUAUAUGAGGUACUCUUUGUGUACAGAUUCACUGUUUCCUUUUUUCUUUGUGUUUGGGCAAAAACCAAAAAAAAAACAAAACAUUGGGAUUAUGAACUUAUAAUGUAGCACUUGGAUCAAGAAUUUCAUGAUCUCUUUUCUUUUUGUCUCAGAAUUGCAAGAAAAAUGGUGACCACACACAAACUCCUGAACUAAAGGAAUGGUAUCAGAAGCUUUUUUCAGACUCCAGAGAAUGUCCUCACAAUGGGGUGCGGACUUUCUCCGGAGUUUGAUUUUAACACAUGAUCAACGCAGCAGGUUUUCAGCUCAGACGUUCUUACUGGUGAAUCCUCUGGAGGAUCUCCUGCUGUUUUCUAACAUCAGGUUUUUCAGACAUUAUCCAAAGGUUUUAAUAGUGGGCUGGCAGGAAAAACUUUUCACAUACAGCCCCUCCAGCGAAUGUCCGGAGAUUAUUCGUAGUUCAGUGCUUGUCUGAGAGCAGCUGAGGUGAGAAAUUCAACAAGUUUCAAUUAGAGUGCAGCACAUGUGUUAGCAUGCCGGUAAUGAAGAGGCAGGUAGUGAAGUUUGCCCCACACCCAGUAAAAAAAGAAAAAAAAUCGGGUUUGGUUGUGGUUGAAAUGAUUUCAUACUUAAUAAUAGUUUGGUUUUGCAAUUUCAAUGUUAAUUAUAAAAGGAAGCUUCUUAUACAUCUUUUCUGUUGAGGGGAUGAAACUAAACGGAAAAUUUCUCUUUAAGCUUUGACAGUAAAGCAUUUCGACUCGUUUCUAGACAUUUGAAGAGAUUUAGAAGUGUGUGUGGGGGCAGGAGUCUGUGUGUGUCUCUUGUCUCAGUGUGGUGGAGAGUGAAUAGUGCCCCCCCCCCCCAGUGCUCUUCUCUUAAUUGAUGACUGCAAAUCGUUGUUUUACUGAUGUGCACCUUCCUUUACUUGAAUUUUUACUUUGUUUUCAAUUGUAUCUUUGAUUCUAUUGUAGCUGAUAGACCCAUCUUUGGAUAAGGGAUUUUGUUUUCUGCUUUACUGGUUGCAAUUACAUUCUGUACAUUUUGUAUGAUUUCACUAUUUGCCAUAUAACCAAACUGAAUAUUUUUUUAUUUUCUUCCUAUCACCUUCCUCCAAAGUGAUUUCUCUUACUUCUGCUGUCUUUCCAAACGUUUUGAGAGUUCCCUCAUCCAAGAGCAAACUUUUCUUUUUUCCCCUGUUGUUUUAUACUGUAUUUAAUAGUCUAUUUAUUUUUUACUUUUAUUUAUUUAUCCUGAUAAACACUGAGCUGGGAUUAUAACUGAAGGUUGCUCUCUCUCAUUCUUAAUAAUAAUAAUUAAAAAAAAACUUAAAUGUCCUUUUAUUGCAGAGUUAUUCACCUGAGAUUGCCUUUGGUGCAUUUGUUGAGCAAUAAAGCCUUAAAUGAAACGCCUUGCUGUA